AUGCCCCGACCGAGAAGACGACGCCCUACAUGGUCCAUGUUCCCCGACCUACAUGAUCAAGUGGCAGACAAACUUGACGAAGUCCAAAUCGACUACACCUUCAACCCCAACGACGACGACCUUUCAAAAAUCAAAGCAUACGACACCCACAUAAUGGGCCGUUUCACGUGCACCAACGAAAAGUGCAGUAUAAAUGGCUGGUCAAGCAUGAAAAUCGCUAUCACCAUUCGCGAAUACUCUCGAGAUCGGUAUAAUGCCCGCAUAUAUCACCAGCGAUGCAAACGAUGCAAAAGCUUGGGCGAACCGACUCUUAACGAAGAGUCGUACGUCGACAGGGUCACGUAUCGUAUCAAGAAGUGGAACGGCGUCGAGAUGGAAAGACCGAUUUGGGGAGGAGGCGAUUCCAAGGGGCCGCACGAGAGAGCUUUAUGUGAGGGGUGUUUUAUAAAUUGCCCUCUUUAUAUUUCCUGGGACAACUAUUACCUUAAGCACGGGCUACUCAACCCCUCAGGUCCCCGCUGCCUCAAACUUUUCGCAUCGUAUCACAUCAUGGGCGCUGCUAUCUCUCAAUUGUGGACACCUCCUCUCAUCAACAUUGGCGUCGUUGGACUGCCCUCGGCUGGCAAGACUGCUAUAAUCCACAAGCUCAGUCGAGGCCAGAAACCAACACUACCACUAAUGGACACUGUUAAUACCACAUGCUUCUUUCAAGGCUCUCAAGAGUACUUCAUCUUCGACUACUCUGGAAAUGAAAAACUGAGAGCAAUAUGGAGAAAACUUCUAUUCAGAUUACAGGCAAUUGUCUUUGUCAUCGAUAGCACAGAUAGAGCGAACAUGGAGGAGACUAGGGAGGCGUUGUGGCAAGUACUACGAGAGGAAAUGCUUGAUCCUCAGCCUGUUCUAAUUCUUGCAAAUAAGCAAGACAAUCCUCGCAUUAUCGCAACGAGUUCCAUUACCGGUGAAGGUUUAGUCGAAGGACUUGAGUGGAUGCGACAAAUUAACGUUAUUCCGCAUCAUUUGCCGAUUAAUCAGCGGCAUAGAUCCACUAAUUCUCGGCCUCGAUCAGCGAGGUUGACACCAAAAAGAAUCACCCCAUUCCUGUCAUUCUUUCCUAUCACCACAUUCAAAAUGGCUGAGCACCCUUCUUUCACUCUUGCUGCCCUCUUGGCUGCUGGUGGCACUGCGGGUUACAUGCGCACGCGCUCUACUCCUUCUCUCGUGGCUGGUGUUGGACUGGGUGUUUCUUAUGCCUAUGCCGGAUACCUUCUCAAGAACAACAAGGACUACGGUUCUGAGCUUGCGUUGACAAACAGUGUUCUCUUGACUGGAUCCGCUGUUCCCAGGAUCAUCAAGACUGGUGGCCGAGCACCUGUUCCUAUUCUUCUCGGUGCAGUUGGUGGACUUGCCACGUAUUACUAUCAGAAGAAGUUCCGCGAGUUCCGAUAUGGUGUUUGA